ACGAAGAUGAAAACAGCCACCAACAUCUACAUCUUUAACCUGGCUCUGGCUGACUCUUUGUUUCUCUUUACUUUACCUUUCCAGGGCACCGACGUGUUCCUGGGCUCCUGGCCGUUUGGGAACGCUCUGUGCAAAGCAGUGGUGUCCAUCGACUACUACAACAUGUUCACCAGCACCUUCACCCUGACAGUGAUGAGUAUGGAUAGGUAUGUGGCCGUCUGCCACCCUGUCAAAGCACUCGACAUGAGGACUCCUCACAAGGCCAAGGUGGUUAAUAUCUGUGUGUGGGUGUUGGCUUCAGCCUUUGGUGUCCCAGCCAUGGUCCUGGGAAAUGUUGAGGAGGAGCAAGAGCAUAACAACAUUGAGUGCGUUGUGGUUUUGCCUGAGCCAAGGAGUCACUGGGAUUCUGUCUUCGGAACCUGCGUUUUCUUCUUCUCCUUCCUCAUCCCUGUGGCUAUCAUCAGCAUCUGCUACAGCCUGAUGGUCAAGCGCCUUCGCAACGUACGCAUCCUGUCCGGCUCCAAGGAAAAGGACCGCAACCUGCGGCGCAUCACCAGGAUGGUCCUGGUGGUGGUGGCCGUAUUCGUCAUCUGUUGGACCCCCAUCCAGAUCAUGGUCCUGGCUCAGUCACUGGGCUUCAACCUGAGCAGCUUGUUCACGUUGGUCCUGAUGCACUUCUGCAUCGCACUGGGCUACGUCAACAGCAGCUUGAAUCCUGUACUCUACGCCUUCCUGGAUGAGAACUUCAAGCGCUGCUUCCGCGAGUUCUGCAACCCGUCACCGUUCCGCCUCGACACCCAGCAGUCGGGCAGGAUGAGGAGCAUUGCUAGGGAGGUGGCGGCGGCCUACAGCUGCAAGGCUGAUGGUUGUGGGCCUGGAGGAGGAACACCUAAUCCAGCAUGACUAGGCGUGGAGCUCCCUUUGGUGGGGGUAGACCCCCAACAGAGAAGAGAGAACCACGGGACAGGGAACUCCAACACAGAGUUGACUCAGAUUACAGCUCUCUAGCGGCACGAGCCCCCCCGCCCCCCAACUAGAAGACUGGCCUGGGGUGGGGGGGAGGGAGAUGAGGAGGAUGGGGUCGAAAGGAAAAGAAUUUAGGAGUAGGGAUGUGGAUGACAAAGGUAGGGUGGGAGGGAAAAGGGAUACAUUACAAGCUUGGGUGGGAUAGGUGGUGGACAUCAGGGUUGGCGAUGGUGCCGGAUAUGGGGGGAGCUCAAAAUAUUAUGGAUCCUGGAACUUGGAAUGAUUACGGCCUCCACUGAAGGGGUAAGACAUUUUGCAAUGUAAGACUUACAUCAAUAAUCCAACUGUCUUUAGGUGGAUUUAAACACAAAAGAGGAAUUAUUUGACAUGUAUUGCAAAUCCAAAAACAACAGCCUCACAAACAGAAACUGCAUCUGCAAACUGAGGUUGGUACCCAGUUGCUGCAUCUCUAGAAAGAUGUCUGACUUUACUUGGGUAUGAGAAGGCAGGGGUUGGGGCUAGACAUUUGGAGAGAGCAUAUACACAGCACAGGACUAAUAGAAGGAGUGCAGAUUCCAAAAUCUCUGAAACCACCGCAACGCAACACUGCGUUGGUGCUUAUAGAAAUAAUAUAACAUUGGACGCACGGUAAGGAUCGCGGACUGAAGACUUGCCAAGAAAGAGUAAAGCUUUCUUGAAAUGUGAAAUAGAUAAUACACACUUUCACUGCUGUUUAUUGUAUCUUUAAAUAACUUUAUUUCAUGAGUGGUGGGCACAAUGCCCUGUGUCCCGCACUGAUCCCAUUAUGGGGUCUUGAUUGUGAUGGUUCUCUAACAAUGGGUAAACAUAAUGGUAAUAUGCUGCUGAGCCCUUAUAAAGACUUACAUGGGCACACAAAGUAUAAUGUGAUGAUGCAGCCGGUAGACAGAAGGUUGGAUGUAAUACUGAAACAAUAGCCGUCUUAAGGAAAAUAACUAUGUGCUACAAGUUUCUCCUGAACAAUAUUUCUUAAACUGUGUCUAUGGAUCACAUGAAUGUUAUUUCUCAUAGGAGGAAUGUUUUUCAGCGGUUAUAUAAGCCUGAGAAACCCUGUCUAACAAGUUUCAUAGAGUUUUUGUGAUUUUUGAACCUGUGGGCAAUUUAGAGGUUGGGACCGGAGACAAACUGGUGAGAUGUUAACCUACAAAAACAGCAAAAAAAAAAUGAACGACCGAUCUGUGUUUGGGACAA